UCCUGCAGCCCCCGAGCCGGCAGCGGAGACUCCAGCCCCGGUCCCGAUCCCAUCCCCAGCCCCAGCUCCAUCCCCCCGGGCUGGCAGCGGGUGAGCAGCCGCCGGCGAGCGGGCAGGACGGCCGGGAGGAUCGAYGUGUGCUUCAUCAGCCCUGAAGGGAAGAAGCUGAGGUCAAAACGAGCACUUGUGGAGUAUUUACAGAAAACUGGGGAGACUACACUGAAAGCAGCAGAUUUUGAUUUUACAGCUCCUCGAAGAAGCACACGCUUAGSAAUGAGGGCAUGUGGCACAGGGGCYGCAAGGAGUGACCUGGAGAACRAAGAUUGUCAGAGCAAAGUGCAGGAGCUUCAGGCACAGAAUGGUGCUGAAGUUGGAAUUCAGAWCAUCCAGGCUGGAAAUGGACACCUGGAAGAUGUUACAUCUACUUYCAAAAGCACAGAUUUAGUAGUGGAAAGCACAAACCAAGAGGAGGGUUUGAAAACCAAAAAAAAGGGGUCAGGUGGGAAAAGUGUCCAAAGUAGGAAACCUAGGAAGAGCUCAGAAAGGAGGAACCAGGGUGACUCCAAGAGCAAGAGGCAGAGAAGAGUCUCUAGCACACGGGAGACUGAGUGUGUUGAGAACAAGAGGGUCUGUAGGCAGACACACACGAGUGGAGCUGACAGCCGGGGCGUGGGUGAUCCUGUGCAUGCAAAGAAAGCUCUGUCACACACAUCCAGGGCACGGCUGAGCUCAGUGGCUGCUGGCUCUCAGAGRGAGCUGUGUCACCUGCCAGAGGAGGGGCCAGGCUCCAGUGACACACCUGCUGCAAGCUCUGAGCAGAAAUCCUGUGGACUGGAGACAGGGACAGUGCCAGAUCUGCGGGAUCUGGGUGGGCAGGAUGGCAAAUCUGACACUGAGGCGGGUGCUGAGCCGUGGCACAGGAUGAGCGUCACAGCAGUCACAAYGUCACCAGAAGAGUCUGUCCCACGAACACAAGUGGAGAGAAGGAAAACGAGUCCAUAUUUUUCCAGUAAAUACAGCAAAGAAGCCCCCAGCCCACCCAGAAGGAAGACCCUCAGAAAAUGGACCCCUCCACGUUCUCCUUUCAAUCUUGUCCAAGAAACCCUCUUCCAUGAUCCAUGGAAGCUUCUCAUUGCCACCAUAUUUCUCAAUAAAACUUCAGGGAAAAUGGCCAUUCCAGUGCUCUGGGAGUUCCUGAAGAAGUACCCUUCCCCUGAGGUAGCCAGGGCUGCAGACUGGAAGGAGAUGUCAGAGCUGCUCAGACCUCUUGGCCUCUACGAACUCAGAGCCAAAACUAUCAUCAAGUUCUCCGGUGAGUACCUGAGCAAGGCCUGGCGAUACCCAAUCGAGCUGCACGGCAUUGGCAAGUAUGGCAACGACUCCUACAGAAUCUUCUGUGUCAACGAGUGGAAGGAGGUGCAGCCMCAGGACCACAAGUUGAACGUGUACCACACGUGGCUGUGGGAGAACAGGAAGAAGCUGAGCAUCGACUGAUCUGAGCUGGGGCUGAGCUGGCCCUGCCACCUCCCCUGAGCGCCCUUGCGGUUCUGGGUGUAAAUAUUUGUGUGAUGUCCUGGGUGAGGUCAUUGCUUAUUUUUAAAUAAACGUGUCACUGUUUUGUAGUGCCUGUCCCUUGUUGAGGUGGAGGUCUGUGCCCACAGCU